UACAGCCAGUGCAGUGCAAUAAGUGUAAUCUAGAAACGGUGGCUCUACAUUUCGUCAUCGGAUGAAUCUAAAAUAUAUUAAGUAAUAAAGCGUUUCCCAUUAUUGUUAAUAGUACAAGGUACAAUAGACAAAGCAAUUAUAAUUCCAAAGUGUACAAAACGAUUGGAUUGACAGGAGUAUUUAUGUUAACCUCACUUUCAAAUAGUGGCGAAUGUUUUAAAAUAUGGAUAUCGAAGAUUCAAUAUUCAAUAAUGAUUCUAUUUUUAUGAGAAGUCUUCUUGGUAAAAAAGUACAAAUAAAUACCGUGAAUGAAAAGAGUUAUAUUGGUGUAGUGUACGUUAUAGAUCCUAUUUUCAAAACUGUUGUUCUUCAUACAGAUUGGAAAAGUGCAAAUGAACAUGAGACAGUUAUUAUUCUGCAUCACGCUAUAAAAUCUUUGGAGAAACUAUCUGAUGAAGUUGAAGAAAGCUAUUUACUAGAACCAAUUAUAUCAGUGCCCCAAAGUGUUAACAAGAAGACUGUAGUGAAAAAAUGGUUGAAAAAGAUGAUGAUAGAUGUAAAAGAAAGUGGAGAUUAUUUGAAAAUAGAUGAUCAUUUAUUAAUUGUUCCACCAUAUGGACCUGAAAAUUGCAUUUGUAAUAAUACUAUUAUUUUAGAAAAAAUUCAAAAAAUAUUGCAAUCACUGCCGGAAAUAAAAGUUUAAGUGAUAGUGGUAUUUGUGAAUCAUCAUAAAUCUCAUGAACUGUAACUUUAUAUUACAAGAAAGCUAGAAAUGUAUGAAACUAACUAACUAUGUACAGAAAAUAAUAUUGAAUUUUAUAAUUGGUGAUAUACUUCCAUAAACAAACAAAAUAACUUUUAACUUUGAUCAAUUUGUGCACUACUCUAUAUUGAUUCCAAAAAAUAUAACGAAAAUAUGCGAAAUGAAGCAAGCUGCAGUAUAAGACUGACAAGAAAAAUCGAUGUUUUGUUUCUUCGAGUAAGAAAAAGUAUAUAAACUAGUUAAUUAACGGAACGAAGAAGAACAUUGCUGUUCAGAAGUCCUCAGUCACAUAUUAUCUUUGAAGCCAUCAUACGGGGCGGCCCAUUAGUGUGUGGAAGUGCAAUAACUUACUUAAGGUGAACUAGUUCAACGAAUUGACAGAACGGAUAAAGGAAAUCGCAAAUUCACCAAUACUGCUUUGUCUACCUAAUUUCUAGAAGCUUCAAGGUUUGUUUUGUACUCUAUUGUUACAGAACGGUUAGGCUGCAUUGGCGGCAACUUUCUCCCUUGAAGAGGGUAUUGAAAAGCUUGUCCACAGAUAUGACAAAAGACUCAAUCUCUUAUGAUUAAGUCGAAUAGUAGCUUAUAGGAGUUUGAAAAAAAGGACCCUGGUAGAUAUUAUGGCGGUAAAUUUCUCUCCAGAUGGUAUGGCGGAUAAUGUACCAAAACAAUCCAAACUGUUCGAGAAGCCGUUGAAUUGUUCUAGCAGUGUGUGGACGGACAUUUCAUGAAUCAGAACAACUCCUGCGGUUAACUGUCUGCUUCGUUUGUUCUGAAUGGAUCCAAGCAAUCACAAUCAACAGUUGCAGUGAUUGUGGUUCCGGGUUUCACAAACUUCACAAGCAACACACCUUAUUGGUCCCAAAACACAAUAGCCAUGGUCUUUCUGUUGUUGAAUGUUUAUUGGAAUUUCUUUGGUUUUUUUGGUGAUUUUGAAUGCAUCCGUUGGUGUAAUUGUCGUUUUGUUUCCGGUAUGUCGUAUUGAAUCCACUUACUAUGACCUUCAGCCUGUAGAAAACGAAUCACACUUGGUGACAGCAUCAAUAAUGACGGACAUGUUUAUGGCUGUAGCACAACGCCGACUGACGCCUGAAUGUCGGAAUGUGUAGUGCGAGAGCUUUGCCGUCGCCUACAGCGGAUACCCGUGAUUGGAGGUUGAAAAAAAAAACGGCUUCCCUAAAUCACUAAAUUUUUUUUCAUAAAAUAAUCAAAAUAAUUGUUAUUGUUUGAUAGAAGGAAAAAUGUAAAGUAAAUAUAUCUUCCAUUUAAUUG